UUCCUCCGCUUGUAAUUAUCGAACCCCAAUUCCUCUCUCUCUCCCCCACCAUCUUCCAUAACAUUUCUAGGGUUCUACAAGGGUUUCUUCCAAAUCGAACCACUAUGCUCCAUCAAACCACCAAAAUCACCUCCUAAUCGAUCCAACCUGUACAUACACACACAAUUGUAAGUAAUUGUAACGUAGAUGGAUGCGUAUCAGCCGAUCAGAGGAAGCGGAUCAAGUUUGCAGUUCCUGAAUAAUCCGUUUGGAGACACUACGUAUACGAAGGUGUUCGUUGGAGGACUUGCAUGGGAGACUCAUAGCGAGACGCUGCAUCGCUAUUUUGAACAGUUUGGGGAGAUUUUGGAGGCGGUUGUUAUUACUGAUAAGCAGACUGGGAGAUCAAAAGGAUAUGGAUUUGUAACAUUUCGCGACGCUGAAGCUGCAAAGAGGGCUUGUGCUGAUCCUAAUCCAGUUAUAGAUGGUAGAAGGGCAAAUUGUAAUUUGGCAUCACUUGGUCGGCCCCAACCACCUUUGCCUUUCGGGCGCUUGAGACCGGCGGCACCCUACUUUGGGAGUCCCCAUGGGGGACCAUUUGUUGGAAGCUCAAGUUACCGCCCACCGGUUCCAUACAACUAUCAGCAAUUCCCAUAUUCCUUAUAUGGGUAUCCACCAUAUGGGCCCGAAUAUGUCUUCCAUCAGGUUCCGUAUAAUCCUUACAUGGGCCAGCUGCAACAUAACCCUCAGAUGUUUGGCAUACCGGGCCCAGUUAACGCAAAUGUUUUUCCGUUUGGUCAAAUGGGCCCACCGCCCCUUGGAAGCCCAGGGCAUAGAGCGGUUCAGGGGAUUGUAGCGCCUGGUCCUCAUCUUCUGCCGUAUGCUAGACCAACUGUCAGCGGGGCAACUGCAGAAAUCGUUCCAAUGUCUCCAGCACCAUAUCUUACAGGUGUUGCCCCACCGUUUCUGAGACAGAUGAGGAGUCCCCAUCCUUCUCAGUUUAGUCAAGGCAGUGGUUCUGAGUAAAAAGGAUUUAAUUGGGAAAUAGCAGAAUCACUUUCCGAGGGACCCACUAACUGCACGAUGACCUCUCUUGGUACUCGAGUGACAUUUUUCACUUCUGGCCUAGGAUGUUGUCAUCGUAUUUGUCAAAGAGGUCAUCAGAAGUCGGGUCAAACGGAGUCAAUGUUGAAAACAAAUCUUUGAAUCCCGAACAACAAAUGUGAAAAGUGCAAAAAACGCGCUUUAACUCGUCUGUAUAACAGGUGUCACACUCGUGGAGUGUUAACAAGCAAGAUUGAUUGGUGGAAAUAUGGUUUUUUGCCAAUCAUGUAGGUGGGAAUCAUCAUCUGAUUCCUUGAUGGUUGACUAGACCCGGUGGUGCGUGGGCACCGCGGCAACUGGUUAAUCGUGUCAUUGGACCGAUCUAACAUCCCAUAACCAAUGGGAAACCUAUAUAUAUUAUUAUGUUUGAUAAAUUCUUGAAAUUAUGGUCCAGAAGCUGCAAAACUGGAAGCAUCAAUAAGAGCUUUCUGUUCAUUUGACUUCAUUGGUUAGCAAAACAUUUUCCACUUCUUUAUAUCAAAUUGCUGUGGGCUGCUUUAGCGGUCACGGUCUACAUUAUGUU